AGGGCAUAUUUAUUCAAACAUUGCUAAUAACAUUUACUGAUAAAUAUCAGGGCCUUGAAACUCUCUAGGAUAUACCGUAUUUUUAUAGUCUGCAAGUAGUUACAGUCCUUAAAUUCCACUGUUUUUGUUCCUUAAAGAAAACAUCUAUUUGUAGAAAAGGAGGAUCUCAUUAGUUAUUGUGACAUUAAAUAAGUCUGACAGCAAAGAAAAUGUACUCUAGAACUUUGCACCAUUGUACAUUAUUGAUGUUCAUUUACCAGAACUUGACAGGUUAAUCUGAUACAACUAAGAAUUAGUAUUUAAUAAAAAUAUUAUGAGGAAUAGCUGAUACAAGGCAAAGAAUGAAGAGGUUCAAGUUAAUGUCUUCAGAACAGAUUAUAAUAGUGCUGCUUUAAGGUAAACUUAAGAGAUGAUGAGGACUGUAGUGGUUAUUUGGUAGGAAUUAGAAAAUGGUUGGAUAUAAAUGCCUUCUGAAAACAUGAACUUGAAACACGCACAAGAAAAAGCAGUUGUAUGACCUUAAAAAUGAAUUUGCAAAUUUGACGUUUUCUCCUUUCUUUAGAAAUAUCAAAAACUGUCUUUACAGGAAUAUUCACCAGUGUUGUAGACCAAAGUAGCCUGAUGUGUUUAGCUGUGAAGAUGCAAGACGUAAGCUACCGGGGUAGAAUCUCUGCUUCCUUGAUGCUGAGACUGAGCGAGAGGAAAGGUGGUAAUGUAGGUGGGGAGUAUACAUGUAAGGUGCUAUUUGUAAUCCUUUAGUGGUAUAAGGUGCCUUUAUGAAGUCACUUACUGAAGACUUUGACUAAUAUGUUGUGCAUAUCACCUAUUUCAUUUUUAUCAGAUUUAUUUAUUCCCAAUAAAUUUUCUCAAAGGCACAAAUAAUUGUAGUAAUACUGUUUUUAUAUGUGAAUUUAUUUCAUGCAGGUGAUCCUGUACAGGUGGAUACAUCUUAUUUUAAAGAACGUACUGCACUUGAGACUGCUAAAAGGGCACAGCCUAAUAGCUACUCUCCUACAAGUCUGUUACUGUGGUAAGGGCUUAGUCUGAAUUGCAUUUUGUUUUAGUCUUAUGGCCAUAUAAAAAAUAAGUUGAGGAAACAAAAGCAUAUGAUAGAAAGUGGUAAAGAUCUUGAAAUAUUUUAGAGAAGAAUUUUACUCACAAAAGAAGCUUCAAAUUUCUUUAACACUCAAAGACCUGGUAAAAGGAAAGGUAAAAUUCAUUUUGGCUUAACUCUAAUUAUUUGUCUCUUUCAAGAGGGCAGAGCUUAUAUUUAUAUUUCAAAAAUUAAUUAAUUAAAAAUACUGGGGGUAUUGAACCUGUACCAAAAAUGAAAGAAGCAAUACCUAUACCAAAGAGGUCAUUUUUACUUUUGCAUAACUUUCUCCUUUGCUUCUAACACAUCCCCCCUCAAACACAAAAAAUGUGCCCUUGAAGAUUAAAAAUUAUAGCAGUUACUAUCUUUUAAGAUAGGAAUUGGUGUUCAUGUUUUAGUUUUUAUGUUUUCAUUGUUACUGUUGUGGUUUACUUUCCAUUAUGAAGUUUUGUGUGGUAAUGAUAGAAUUUAAAUCAAGCUGAUAAUGACUAAGAAUGUUUUCUACUGUGACCAAAUGAGUGCUAUUUUUUAAGUUUUGUCUUCAUAUUUUAUAUCCUUACAGUGCAGUCCAGGUUGUAACAAGUCAGUUUUAUGACUUCUGUUUCAACCAGUAUCUUUAUGAUAAUUGCUGCCUCUCUCUUUCUGUCUGAGUGAAGAAAAAGGUAUUAAACAUGAAAAAUAAUAACAAAGUUAAAAUAGUCUAAAUAGUCUGUCAUGUAACUUCUAAUACUUGUUUACUGUGACAGUUGUUCGCCUUUUAUCUUCUCCAAUGUCUCUUUGAAGAAAUAGAAUGUUAAAAAUGUUUUAUGAUUGGAAGCAUGUAAAAGGGAGUGGUGAGCAAUAACCCCUCUGCAUACCAUGAUAAAAAUUACUCUUCUGCUUGGUCUUUGACAAUUUACAUAGGAAUUCUUCAUCAUGAGCAAAAGUAAUGAAUAAAAUACUUAAUUAUGUAACACUUGUUCUAGUUUAAUUAAUCACUGUUACUGAUUAAUAGCAGUUGUGCAGUACUAAGUAUUUUUUGAAGCUCAGUUAUCUUGCAGAUAAACGCUGAAAGAAUAAAAAAAAAUGCCCAAAGUAACUUACUUGUAGUUUUCAUUAUGAAGUAUAAUGAAUUUGUUUUUAUUCACUGCUAUUAACUUUUAUUGAUCUUAUAAGCAGUUUAUGGGAGUCCAGUCAUGUUCUGCAAACUAGGAAGACAUUAAGAAUGGUAAAUGCCGGGGGUGUUGCAGAAGUGCCUCAUGUGAUACCUUCUAUUCUCAGCAUAGGCUAAAAUUAGAACUAGAGUGACAUUGCACUGGAGUCUGAGUGAGAGUUCCAAAUGGUUUUGAUAGUACAAGCAAAAUUUGUACCUUACCUAGGCUCUUGCACAGAAAGCAAUGAGUCAUGGAAAAUCUUUGAAAACCAAAUAUUUGAGGAAAAGAUGAUUUCAAAAUAUUAGCCUGAUUUGAUUUGGAUCUUGACACUCGGGAGGUCUACAAGAUGGCGAAAGAGAUAUGAAGAGUAUGAGAAGUCUUUUUUAAAAAGUUUUCAUGUCACUGCCCCCAUGCGGUAGGUGAUACAAGCACUAAGGCGCUGAAAUUCACAGUUGGAGUCCUGUGAUUGAACCUGAACAUGUAAGAAUCAUGACUGAAACUGCUGUUUGCAUUGGAUCAUUCACUGCUGUGAAGACACUUUGGGAAGUGAGAAUACAGAAAAUAAAUGAAGAAUUACGGAAAGAAAAGGAAUUCAGAGAGAGGUCUGCAGGAAGGUUACUGCUUGUCUGGGAGGAGAGAACCACUUUAGCAAAACUCAAAGAGAAAGUAGUUAAUGAAGAUGGAAGAGCAGUUUUAAGGAUAGAGGAAGAAGAAUGGAAGACAUUACCUUCCUGCUUAUUGAAAUUAGUCCAUCUCCAAGAAUGGCAGCUUCAUAGAACUAGCUUGCAGAAAAUUCCUCAGUUUGUUGGAAGAUUUCACAAUCUUGUUGUUCUCGAUCUAUCCCGGAAUUCAAUAGAAAGCAUACCUAAAGAAAUUGGCCAGCUGACUGGCCUCCAAGAGCUGCUUCUCAGUUACAAUAGAAUAAAGUCUGUUCCUAAGGAAAUAAGUAAUUGCAUCAGUCUGGAAAGAUUGGAACUGGCUGUCAACAGGAAUAUCAGUGAUCUUCCUCUGCAGCUAAGUGAUUUAAAGAAGCUUUCACACAUAGAUUUGUGUAUGAAUCAGUUCACCACCAUCCCUUCAGCUCUUCUGAACAUGCCAAAUUUAGAAUGGUUAGAUAUGGGAGGAAAUCGACUCCAGAAGCUUCCUGAUGCUAUUGACAGAAUGGAGAAUCUCCAUACUUUGUGGCUCCAAAGGAAUGAAAUUAACUCUUUGCCAGAAACCAUUGUUAAUAUGAAAAAUCUUAGUACUCUUGUUCUUAGCAACAACAAACUUAAGGAUAUUCCUUCUUGUAUGACACACAUGACAAAUCUCAGAUUUGUCAACUUCAGAGACAACCCACUGGAGUUAGAGAUAACACUCCCUCCAUGUGAGAAUACAGAAGAAGAGGAGCAACAGGAAAUGUUCGGCAUUGAAUUCAUGCACAUGUAUAUCCAGGAGUCACUGAAGAAAACAGGACAUGUGGAAAGCUGCACUUCUGAUGCUUCUCCUGUCAUAACUGCUAAUGAUGAAGGAACCUAA